AUGGCUGCAAUCGCUCCAGCCCAUCUUCCCCAGAGGGGGGAACGCAGACCCUCCUACCAGUAUUACAACAACCAGGAGAGCACUCUCCUCCCUGAGGUACCCCUCCUCACCGGCAUCGACAACUUCCGCCUCUGGGAAGUCGCCGUCCUCGCUCACCUUCGACACUACAACCUAGACAACAACAGCGAGGCCCGCGACCCUUCAACACCGCGAAGCGUGCGCGACGGUACCCUCUAUCUUUCAUGGGACCAGAUGCAAAACCGCAUCAAAGUAUACACCAUCAUCCGUCGCAGCAUUGCCGACGCGAUUUCGUUCCUCGACAAAGAAUGCCGGUCAAACCCAUGGAUCUCGCUCAAUGACCCGACGUACGACGCAAAAGGUCUAUACGAGCUUGUCAAGGAAGUGUACACCCGGCCUCCCCCACUCGAUCCGCACCAGAGCCAAGACGACAUCAUGAUUGACCUGCUGAUGCUCAAAGUCGUUAACUUCGGCACGCUCUCCGAUUAUCUGGACAGGUUCUAUGCGCUCUGGUCGCGGCUGAACGUUGGAAGCCUCAAGCUGACAGAGAAUCUCCUCCUUAACUUCUUGAUCAGUGGACUUAAUGGGCACUACGACGAGGGUUGGACGGAGGACUUGGAGAGGCAGCGGUUGAUGAAGAAGAUCGACCUGCACGAGGCUUUGAAACUGGUUGGAGAGCGAGUCUGCGAAGAGAACAUGGUCGUUCUGCCGCCCGUUCCACCCAAGGAUGCUAAAUACUUGAAGAGAUCCUCGACCCAAAGCUCAAGUUCGUCGACGACCGAGCAAGACAACCUCAUGGAUACCUCUCUGAACGAGUCGAUCAGGGGCUGCUUCGGUCACGAGGACGAGGUCGAAGCGGAUAUCAUCAGAAGACAGGAACAGAUGGCCGCCCACUUUGAGGGCCGAACCCUUCAAUGGGCCGUCGAGAGCGCCUUCCUCACCUCCUGGUCCCUCGGCGACUUGGACCCCGUUUCGAGCGAGUACGACACCACCACCGAAACCGGCAGAAGCAGCGAUGGUAGCCGAAGCGCCAGUCCCGCCGAUAAGAAAGAGCGGCGACGCGGCUACAAACGUCUCUCCGACCUCAAGGCCCGGUACACGCCUCUCCCUUUGAGCACCACUAGCAGCCCGAGCACGAUCGCGGCUAGCAUGGAAGCCCUUAGCAUCGACAGAUCCGAACACGAUGACUCGAAGCCGAGAUACCUCCCCAGCCCGCCCCCAAGCGACGAGUCUGCCGCGCGAAAGGAGCGCCGCUGUCGCCUUCUGACCAGAUUCGUAGGUACGCCGACCAAGUCUUCGCCUGCCGCGAACAGAGUCAUGUCCUACCAAGAGGGGUGGAAGCCCAAGCCUCUUUUUUCGAGCCCUCGAAAGUUCUCUUGGGAAGAGGGAUGUAAUAACAGCGAGCACGACUACGAGUCAAUCCAGCGCACCACACCUGAGCCCCAGGCGAGAAGGGAACUUCCGGCCACUCCUGGCACUGGUAGCUCCGAGAAGCAGCAAGACGAGCGGGACGAAUACCGACUACGGAAGCGACUUUCGGCCUUUUCUCCGGAGAAAGUGGUGCAGAAGACGGCGAUUGCUAUUCGCAACUUUUCGAGACCGGAGAGGCCGCUCAUCAGGACUGCGAGUUUGUGA